AUGGGACUUAAGAGGAAGCCCCCGACCAGCUUAUUCGACCUCCUCGAGAGUCAACCGGGGAAGGGUGCGCAGGGAACACCGCAGCCCAGCGCCCCGUCCCCACUACCUCAACCCCAGACUAUCCAGACUAGGUCAUCCUCCACAAAGUCACAGCCACAAUCUCCCCGCCCCAAACUUCCUGCUCCUCCCCAACCAGCUCUGCCUCCUCGGCCGGAGACCAUUGACUCAAAGAGAAAGAUGAGUCCCAAGGGCAAGGAAACCAUGGAUGGGGGAAAAUCCCAACCUUCUAAGGGGAGGGAGGAAGCUCCACGUGUGAAACAAUUGAAGAUUGGGCACCAAAGCAAGGGUAAAGAGACCGAAGCCCAAUCUGCCCAAAGCAAGGGAAAGGGGGUCGAGGCCCAAUCCUUGCCAAGCGCCUGGCUUCUCGCCCCAAUGCUCCACGAGGGGCCACUGCUAGAACCCGCGUCCAUGAGGGACCUUGGAGAUGGCGAGGAUGGUUAUGUGGCAGAUGCAUUAGGGAGAACCAUGCUACUUCCCACCGACGUGGAUGAGUUGAAGAAAAUGAGGAUGCAGGAGGUUUUCCUCAAUACGAAGAGGUACUUGGGCAUGGCUCUCCAGGCCACCUAUAGGAUGGAGGAGGAAGUGAACAAGCAGAGUAAGGCGGCCGAGAAUGAAUGCUCCAAGCGCCUAGAGGCCACGCGGACUCUCAAAGCUUCCGAGGACGACCUCGCCAAGGCCAAGGUUGCCUUAAAGGAAGCUAUCCGAGAUAGGGAUAGCGCCUCGGCGGAGAAUGAUAAAGGUGUGGUAGAGUAUGCCCAGGACGAAGCCGUGAGGGCCAAGCGGGAGGCUGAGUUUGCCAGAAACGAGGCUGAGGCUGCCAAGGAAACGGCUGAGGAUGAGGGUUACAACGCGGGGGUUUGGGAAGAGACCUUGAAGCAAGCUGGGGUGGAUGCUUCGUCUGAUUUGUGGAAAGCGGAGAACAUAUUCUAUCCUACAGCCAUCCGUGAGGCCGCCUCCACCAGCUCCGAGGCUGUGAGCGACCAACAUGAGGGAUGGGUCACUCAGUCGGAAGCUGUACAGGUCGGCGCCUCUCCUGGCGAGCCGCUUAAAGGGGGAGAGCUUCAGGAUGCGAUAGAAGCACCUGAGCGUAUGGAUCCCGAGGUGCCCAAAGAGGAUGUCAAGCCUGUGGUCGGCGUUCAGAUCCCUGAUGCCGAAGAGCCAACCAUACUUGCCCAGCCCCUGCAGGCAAUUCCCCUUACUGUGGUCCCCAAGAGUACCAAUACCGAUCCUGCUCAGUCUUCCCCAGAAGGGACUGUCCUCCAGGGCGUCAAAGCUGGUCCUGUUCCGCCUUCCCAGGAUGUGGCCGACACAGAAUUGAAGAAGUAG